AUGAGAUCCAUCAACUUUUUUCUGACCCUUUUGAUAUUGGCCUUCGCUCCUCCAACCAUCAUGGCAGGUCACGGUAAAGGAAACGAUGAACCAACAACAUCACCUGCACCAACACUUAAGCCAACAGGGGCUCCAACAUACACCCCAACCAGCAGCAGCACAAACUCAAGAAAAUCUUCGAAAAAAUCUGGGGGCAUGGCACGUACAACAUCUUCUGUCGGUAAAAUGGAAACCGAGAAUGCAAGUGAAUCGACAGGUUCUCGAGUGGCUCAAGAAACGGCUUUGACAGUUGCGCUCGGUGUAUCAAUUUUGUUCUACAUCUAUUGA